GAGAUGUCCUGAGAGCUCGUCUACGAGGUGCCAGCUACGUCUGUGCCAACAUUUCCCGGUCCCUUUCGGAAAACGAUCCAUCGAAACCCUCCUCCCUGACCUCCCUUUUCGGCAAUACUGCUUCUUCUGACAGCAGCAAGGUUACGCCGCCUUUUCUUCUGGUCUACUGUUGGCGCGGUGGUCAGAGAUCCCUGUCUCUGGCUACUAUCCUCUCAGAAAUUGGCUGGCCUGGUGGUGUUGGGGUUUUAGUCGGUGGAUACAAGUCCUGGCGACGCCUCAUUCUCCGACAACUGGAGACCUGGCCACUUCACGACCUUCGGUCGCCUCUCUGGGUCAUUUCCGGUCUGACCGGUGAGCUACUUUAUUACUUUUUGACAUUAAUCUAUCAUGAUUCAGUGGUAUUUUGCAUCUUUGAUGAAAUGGCAAGUUCGUCCUCUUCGUCAAAAUGA